AUGUGGACCUUCCUGGGGAGACCUGAAUGCAUUCUGUGUCUGUCUUCAGCCUUAUGUGCGACGGCUCUGCUCACCAAUAACCAGUUACCCAGGCUCAAUCAGACUCACCUGAACCCCUUGUUGCUGAUAACCAGAAAAGUGGGUCUGGAAAUCAAGGACUCAGAAUUCACACUGGAAGGCUAUCCAUUCCGGAUCAUAUCUGGCACUAUAGACUACUUCCGGAUACCUAGGCACUCCUGGAGACUCAGUUUGAGGAAGUUGCAGUCCUGUGGCUUCAACACUCUUACCACGCAUAUUCCUUGGAACCUCCACGAGCCAGCAGUGGGCUACUUUCGUUUCACUGAAAACGUGGAUCUCAUAGCUUUUAUCACCAUGGCUUCAGAGACGGGACUCUGGGUCAUUGUGUGUCCAGGCCCCUACAUCGGCGGUGACUUAGACCUUGGAGGCUUGCCCAGCUGGUUACUCAGGGAUCCCAAAAUGAAGCUGCGUACAACUUACAAGGGAUUUACUAAAGCAAUGAAUCGGUAUUUCGACAAUCUGAUUCCCAGGAUAGCAAAAUACCAGUUUAAAAAAGGAGGCCCCAUCAUUGCCGUGCAAAUCGAGAAUGAAUAUGGUUCCUACUAUAUGGAUAAGAAAUACCUGGCGUAUGUGAAAACGGCUUUAGAGUCAAGAGGGAUCAAUGAACUGCUCCUGACUGCAGAUGAUGGUGCGAGUCUCAAAAAGGGCCACUUGCAAAAUGUGCUGUCCACUAUCCACAUGAAGAAUAUAAAGAAAGAAACAUAUGAAGACCUCAAAUCCAUUCAGGAAAACAGCCCUAUUCUGAUGAUGGUAUAUACAGCCAACUCUUUUGACACAUGGGGGGCUCUGCGCCAGCUUGGAGAUCCGCAGAUGCUGAUGAAGGAUGUACGUGAGAUGUUCCGCCUUGGGUUCUCCCUCAACUUCUACAUGUUCCAAGGUGGCACCAACUUUGGCUUAAUUGGCGGAGCUCAUUUUUCACAGGGUUACAUGCCUGUAGUGACCAGUUAUGACUACAGUGCACUGAUAUCAGAAGGUGGAGAAUAUACACUUGAGUACCAGGAAUUUCAGCAUUUUUUCCAUUCUGUUACAGAUAAUACCGCCCCCAUUCAACCAAAAGCCACACUGAUGUUUGCCUAUCAGACCUUGACGUUGUUAUAUUUCAUGACCCUGUGGGAUUUCCUGCCCUAUCUGGUCAAGAUAACCAAGUCUAUCAGGCCACUCUCCAUGGAGCAACUGCCAGGGAAUGAUCGGAGUGGCCAGUCUUUUGGGUAUAUACUUUAUGAGACCAAAAUCUUCGGUGGAGGCAUCCUAUCAUCAAAGGGUCAUGUUCAAGGCCGGGGGCAGGUGUUUUUGGAUAACAACUAUGUAGGACUCCUGGACCAAACCAACCACGAGCUGCUUCUUUUCAAAGAUGUCUCCAAGAAAACCCAGAUUCUGAGGAUCCUGGUGGAGAACCAAGGCCGACUCUCUUCUGGGCAGGAUAUGAACAAGGAGAGAAAAGGUUUAACUGGAGACAUCUAUCUAGAAAAGUCUCCACUAAGACCAUUUAAAAUCUACAGCCUGGAAAUGAAAGAUAUAUUCAUACAGAGAGAAUUUCCCAAGUCCUGGAAAAAAGUGACAGGCCAUGUUCAGGGCCCUGCCUUUUUCCUCAGCCACUUGAGAGCUGGAGAUCCUCCCCAGGACACCUUCAUAAAAAUAAAGGGCUGGGGAAAAGGUGUCAUAUCCAUCAAUGGAAGGAGCUUAGGACGAUACUGGAAUGUCGGCCCCCAGGAAACCAUCUAUGUCCCUGGCUCCUUGCUUCAUCCUGGAGUUAAUAAGAUCAUAAUAUUUGAGGAAUUGAGAGGUGACGUAAACAUCCGCUUCACCAACAGGGCUCAACUAGGAACCUUGGAUGAGGCUGCAUGGAAAAGGGCAGGAAAGGUUAUGAAAACCUGGAUCCCGGAACGUAAGGAUGAGGAGGAUGAAGGGCAGGUUCCAGAGAAUGCAGUUAUGUUCUGGCUUGUGGAUGACGAGUCACCAGUCUGGAUUCCUGACCAUCUCGUCAAAUCAUAUACUCCCAAUGCAGAGAAGCAAGAAGUCCCGUCUCAACUACCGACAAUGAAGGCUGAGAGCGAAGUGUGCCUCAUUCCAGAUGAUGCCAGACAACUCUGA